AUGAACAAAGCACCGCUAGUGCUGCUGUUGUUGACUACUUUCUAUUGCUGGUAUGUGUUUGGACAACAAACAACGCAACGAACUACAACCCGAAUAACGACUACGAAACCACGGACCACUACUCGUGCGGUUUCAACAACUCGAACGACUAGCCGUACGACUACUCCUCAGAGAACUACCACGAAAGCUGUAGCCAAGAACGCACAGUUACAGGCAACAACCACAAAGAAAGUGGGCGUUGCAACGACCAAACCAACCACGGUGAAAGCGGUAUCAACAACCAGGACAACAACGAGGACCACGGCUAAGAAUGCACAGCUGAAGCAAACAACAACUACAAAGAAAACAAAUCUACCAACGACCAAGCCAGUCACAGUGAAAGCUGUGUCAACAACUAGAACUACUACCAGGACCACGCAAGCUGCCAACAAGAACGGGCAGUUACAGCAAACAGCAACCACAAAGAAAGCCACGACGAAAGCUGCGACUACAACUACAAAGAAACCCACCGCAGGAACCACAAGAACUCCUACAACCACGAAGAAAGUUAGUCUGCCUACGACCACGUUGAGACCGGCGACAACUACAGUGAGGACCACAACACUGGCUCGAUUAGUACAAACAACUACAAGGAAACCAACCACUCUCGGAAUGACGUUAUACGGAUUUCCGUGGUUAUUUGGUCCAAUGUUUGGUGAUGAUUAUUAUUACCAAGAGUCGGAUGAUAAUAGCACAACAGUGAUGCCGGAAGACUACAGCUACGAGGAACUAGGUGUUUCAGAGGCUAUGGAAGCGCAAGCGGAAUCGGAACCAGAACUGGAAGUCUCAUCGCCGAACACACCAAAGGAGGAAGAGAACAUCAUCGCGAUCGUUACCGAACCGGCACCUGCAGCAGCCGGUUCUACUCGAAUGAAGCUAAAACGUCGCGUGACCACUACCCCAGCGCCAACGACCACAACACGAGUAUUGCUGAAACGGCGAGUAACUACAGCUGGUGCCAAGAGUCAGGCAACUUAAAAAUAAAGAAGUUGAGUCUAAUAUGACGACAUCAGUUUAGAGUUUAUUAAAUACUAAUAAU